AUGUAUACACUUGGAAAUCUUGCUGCCCUCGCCUUCGUUGGUGUUGCCAGUGCUCAAAGCACAGUUGGAUUCGGCCCAGCCUUCUCCCUCGGCCCUACACAGUCAUGGAUUCGUGAAGCCAAUACAACGCUUGUGCUCCCCGAGACUCCCAGUCCCCAGAAGGACCGUCUCGCUUUGUGGCCCGGUAUGGGAACAAGCGGCGGUGAUUUGAUUCAGGCUCUUGCUGUCUCCUUCGCCGAUCCUGAUGCAAACUGCGGAGCUAAGUCUGGGCAAUGGUGUGUGUGGGCUAGCACGCUUCAAGGCGAGCAACUAGGUGGCAAAGAGGUUCCCGCUUCUGCUGGUGAUGAAAUCACAAUGCAUUACAAAUUCAACGACGACACCAGCAAGUACGACCAGACCGUUUUCGUCAACGGAGAGGCCGUGUCUACUCUCUCGACUAGCUCUGGACAAGCUCAAGGUUGGGGCACUGCUGUUGAGUGCCAGGAUGAUUCAUGCGAUGCUACCACUGCGGCACACGAAUAUCUCGAUACCACCAUCAUCUUGAAUGCUGCUGACUCCACUUUUGCCGAUACCUUGGCUCUCACUGAGGCUACUUCCUCUGGUUUGAAGACAAACGACAACAAGGUCUACACUGUUUCCAGCAUCAAGAUUCAGUCUCACACUUAUGACUUGUGA